GGCGCGGCGCAGACGCGCUUCCUCGUGGUCUACGCGGCCAUCGGCGUGCUCCAGGCGGGGCUGCUCGCGCUGCAGACGAUCCUGCUCACGCUCUGCGCGUUGGACGCGUCGAAGACGCUCCACGAGAAGAUGCUCGACGGCGUGCUCGGCGCGCCCCUGCGCUUCUUCGACGAGACGCCCCAGGGCAACGCGCUGAACCGCUUCUUGCAGGACCUGGCGAACGUGGACGUCGACGUGCCGACGGUGUUUUUGGACCAGCUCACGCGGACAUUGACGGUCGCGUCGCAGCUCGGUCUCGUGCUCUACUUCGCGCCCUGGGUCGCGCUCAUGCUGCCCCUGGCCCUGGUGCCCUACGGCUUCAUCUUCUCGACGGUGCGCGUCGCCGCGCGCGACACGCGGCGCCUCGAGGCGGCCGCGCACGGCCCCUGCUACGCGCACUUCAACGACGCCUUACGGGGCCGGGAGACGGUCGCGGCCUUCGGCGCGCUGGACCGCUUCUGCGACGCGAACGCGCGCCUCGUCGAGGCCAUGGCGACGGGCAAGUACGCGAACGACGCGUGCUCCAAGUGGUCGCAGGCGCUGACGACGAUGAACGGCUGCGUUUUGUACCUCGCCGCGGGGCUCUGCGCCGUUUUGCUCGUGCGGCGGGGCGACGUGUCCACGGGGCAGCUCGGCCUCGUGCUGCUCUACGCGGCGUCGCUGCAGCGCGCGGGCAUGGACUACAUGUGCGGCCUCGCGACGCUCGAGGCGCAGUUCGUGUCCGUGGAGCGCGUCGCGGAGUACUGCCGCCUGCCGCGCGAGCGCGACGACGGCCGCGGCCGCGCGCCGGCGGCGCCGGGCAGCGCGGCGGCGCUCGUCGCGACGGACGUGGCGCUGCGGUACCGGCUCUCGCGGCCCCUCGCGCUCCGGGGGGUUUGUCUGGCCGUCGCGCCGGGCGAAAAGGUCGCGGUGCUCGGCCGCACGGGCAGCGGCAAGUCGUCGCUCGUCGGCGCGCUCGCGCGGCUCUACCCGCUCGCGGCCGGCGCCGUGACCGUCGGCGGCGUCGACCUCGCGGGCCUGCCGCUCGCGGACGCGCGGGCGCGCGUGCGGGUGGUCGAGCAGAGCUCGACGUUGGCCAGGGAAACGGUCCGCGCGAACCUUCUGGGCCCUUCCGCGACCUGCGGCGACGAAACGGUCUGGGCCGCGCUCGACCGCGUCGGCGUCGCCGCGGCCGUGCGGCGCCUGCCGGGCGGGCUCGACCACGUCUGCGCGGAGCGCGGCGACGACUUCUCCGCGGGCGAGCGCCAGCUGCUGGCCCUCGCGCGCGCGCUGCUGCCGGCGCCGCCGCCGCUCCUGCUCUGCGACGAGGCGACGGCGAACGUCGACGAGGCGACGGACGCCAAGGUCCACGACGUCCUCCUGAGGGGCCUCGACGCGACGGUGCUCGUCGUCUGCCACCGCCUCGCCCACGUCGCCGCGUUCGACCUGGCCGUCGUGUUGGACGACGGCCGCGUCGUCGAGGAGGGCCGGCCCGCGGACCUCCUCCGCGACCCGGCGUCGCGGCUCGCGGGGUUGGUGGCCGCGGGUAAGAAGGGU